AUGGCUGAAGAACCCAUCCAACUUGAUUACUGGAGGAAGUUCUUUCGAGGUGCAGACGGGGAUAUCUUGACUGUUCUUGAGAAUGCAAUCAUGGUGGCUGCUUUGGAUUGCCCAGACGAGUUUAGGACGAAGAGGGGAAGAAUCGUGGAGGAACUAUUCUCUUGUGGGUUCAGCAACAGCAGCAGUAGGAGUCUCAGGUCUGAUGUGUUGGAACCGGAAGCAGUGAAAGUAGGAGAUAGCAUUCAACAGAAGGGCGUCUCUACUGAGGAGAGUAAUGUUAGUAUCUGCAGCUCCAAGGAUAGCAGCCAAGAUAAGCCAACAGAAGUGCUGAUGACAGAGGAAACUGAAGGAAGUGUGAAGACAGAAGAGAUUGCAAUUAGCGAGAGUCAGACUGUUGUUUGGGAGAUUUUACGGAUCAAAAGGAACCUUUCUGUCAGUCAAGAUGAAGAGUCGGUGUUGGAUUUGUUACAGAGGCUUCAGAGAAUGGAGAUUUCUGUUGUGACAUUGGAGAAAACUGAGAUUGGAAAGGCGAUAAAUCAACUCAGGAAGAAGACCGAGUCGAAACAGAUUCGUCACCUAGCCCGGACUCUGAUUCAGGGUUGGCAAACAAUGGUGGACGAAUGGCUGACCCAGAGGGACGACGUUGCUUUGCCUGGUGCAGCUCCGGCCAUCACCACCAAGUCAUCAAUGGAGUUCAGCGAGAGCAAGGAUGAAAAGAAGUUGGAGAAAAAACCUGCAGCCUUGCUAGAAGACUCAAUAAUCCGUGAGAAAAUUGAAGCAAGCAAGAAGAUUCAUGAAGGAUACCAAAAAGCAGAGAAUGCCAAGAAGCAACGCUGCACAAAGUUCAUGAUGGAGUUGGACGGUCUUCCUAUGGAGAGUACUGGCCACAGAAGCUCCCAUGAGAAAGUUGAAAAUCACAAUGCAAAGCGAUGA